UGAAAGGUUUGAGUGAAUGGUUUGUAUGGUUUGUAUGGUUUGUAUGGUUUGUAUGGUUUGUAUGGUUUGUAUGGGUUUUGUGUUCAAACAAAUGUCAACAAAAACCUAUGAAUCCAUUCAGACAUCAACUCCUCAUUAAGACAUCACUUGAUUAUUGUCUUCAAUUCAUUCAUAAGUAUAUCGAUUGUAAUCCCAGUGAUUGUGUCCGCACUCAACACUUGGCCACCAUUUAGUGAUUGUGUGAUCAGUGAUUGACAAUUAGGCCGCAAAUCAUUGCCCGCAUCACUGAACGGAUCAAUUGGUGGACAAUAUGUCUUCUCAGCAUAAGUCAGGAGGUCGUGGGGAAGAGGUAGUGGUGAUCGCCAAAUACGACUACACGGCUCAGGGGUCGCAGGAGUUGGACCUGAAGAAAGGGGACAGACUGUCACUACUGGACGAUAGCAAGCAUUGGUGGAAAGUAUUGAAUGGUCGGAAUCAGUCGGGAUUCGUUCCCUCCAAUUAUGUCAAACGGGAAAAGCCGUCCAUUUUUGACAGCAUUCGCAAACGCGUCCGCAAGAAGACUGAUUCGCACCGCCAUAACAGUCCCCUCGCGUCGCCCAUUGCCACCAAAGCCGUCGACAUCAACAUCACGUCAUCCCCGGGUAAUAGUCUUCCGCGUCCGGACAUGAGUGCCAACAGAGGGAUCAACUCUAAUGAAGGCUCCGCUUCGACCACGAGUUACCUGAAGAUUACAGCAUAUGUUAAAUACAAUUACGAAUCGCAACAAUCGGAUGAGUUAUCUCUAGUCAAGGGCUCCAAAGUGACGGUUAUGGAGAAGUCGUCCGACGGCUGGUGGAGGGGAGAACUUAACGGAGCCGUCGGUUGGUUUCCAUCCAAUUAUGUCUACGAAGAGAGCACUGAUUCAGUGAACAAUGGUUUGGAUCAACAAAACCAAAUGCUUUCAAAGAAUUCAAAAUUAGUUAAUGAAAUGAAUAUCGAAAGCAAUCGAAACAAAGUGCCGGUAAUGGCCAGCAAUGGCAGCACGUCUUCAAACGCCAAUUGUAUACUCGAUUUUGUGGUCGCUUUGUAUUCAUUUCAAUCUCAAAAUGAAGAGGAACUCAGUUUCCAGAAGAGUGAGAGGCUUGAGAUCAUAGAGAGACCGGCCAACGACCCCGACUGGUGGAAGGCCCGCAACCAACACGGAGAGCUCGGUCUCGUCCCCAAGAAUUACGUUCAAGUGGUUAAUGACAACUUCGACGACGGCUUGGAUUCAUUCAACUUAAUGUCUGUUCAAAAAGAGAUGCCAAAAGUGUCUGCGGGACUCAGUUCACCACAGAUUCAGUCAAAAACUAGAGUCCCAUUAGUGGCCAAAAUGGAUGUCAACGAAAAGAUGUGGUAUUUUGGAACCAUAUCUCGCGGACAAUGCGAUCAUAUGCUCAACGAAUUGGCAGAAGACGGAGAUUUCCUCAUCAGAGACAGCGAAACCAAUCCUGUCGCUUCCAAACCGAGUAAUCUUCUCGAGUAUCUUGACUAUAAGAAGGCACCCAUUUAUACGAGUCCUAAGGGAGACAAAAUGUUUUUAAUUAAACCCUUCGCCAGACCUCAACACUAA